AUGGGCUUCAUUGACGACCUCGUCGCCGAGCUGCUUAGCUCUCUCUUCUCCACAGUGUUCACCUUCGCGGUGGGGAUGCCUUUCCUGGGCGUGCUUGUGCGGUACCGUGCCAACUACACCCCGCACCGCCUCCAGCUUCCGGACGAUGACCAGACGCCGCCUGCCGAUGAAGUCGUGACCAGCUACCUUGGCGUCAUGAGGAGGGUGUAUCGUGUCGAGGGGUGGGCGGGGUUCUACAAGGGUCUCGUGCCCGCGGUAUUGACAACGAUGCUAACGCCGCUGGCGCAAAUGCCAUUCAAGAUGAUUUUGUCGCUCUUUGAUGCGCCGCGCGGGGGAGAAACGCUAUCGUACAUCGUGGUCGUCUAUACAAUUCUGUGGAUCUGUGUGUUUCCGCUGCUGGCGGUCCUGCUGCUACUCCCGAUGCAAAUACUCACCUAUCGCGCAAUCACAACCCAACACCAUCUCCCCUUCUUCGCCCGCUCCCCCAAGCCCGCUUUUAAUGCCCUUCUCUCAACCCUCGAACGGCAGAAGCCUUACCUUCUCUACCUCACGCCGGGCCUGGCCCUCUCAAAUAUCCUCCUUUCGCUCACUGCGGUGCUGGGCGGCCUCCCGGUUCAAAUGCUUGUGAUGCUCAUGGUCGACCCGCGCGGCCGCGAGGAGACAGCAGAACGGCUCAAGCGCCACCUUCCUUUCAUUAUCCUGGCGGGCGUUGUUGCAUUCAUUAUUCUGCUCCUUCUUCUCACCCCCCUCCGGCUCAUGCGCGUGCGUCUGGCUCUGCAGCGCCGGGAGGCAGCAGAGGCAACGAAGCCGGCGGCCGACAUCCCCGACGCCCCGUUGAUGCUCUCCGAGCCGGUUAUCAACCUUCGCACUGCGCCUGAUCACGGCGACGCGGAGCAGCUCCCCGUAUGUCUCGCUGCUCGUCUGUUUCCGGGCCAUCGCCGCAGAGGAGGGCCGCGCCGUCUUGUGGCGCGGGUGGUGGAUCGUGGCAUUGCAGUUGCUUACGUUCCCUAUGGCGGGCAAUAUGGCGCAGGGGCUGUUGUUCACUGUGCUGUGGUAGUUGAGUUGGGAGAAGACGCCAGAGAAACUACCUGA